CCCGGGAUGUGCUUAAAAGGCAGUGGCGGCGGGGAGACCGCGCUGCGUGCACCCGCUCACCUUGGCCAUGAGCAGUGCCGUGGGUCCAGACCCGGCGGAGACGCCUGAGGAGCGGCGUUUCCUCAGCACGGCGGAGGCAGCUGCCCUGGAGCGGGAGCUGCUGGAGGAUUAUCGCUUUGGGCGGCAGCAGCUAGUGGAGUUGUGUGGGCAUGCUAGUGCCGUGGCUGUGACCAAGGUGUUCCCUUUGCCUGCUCUCUCCCGGAAGCAGAGGACAGUGUUGGUGGUGUGUGGCCCGGAGCAGAACGGGGCAGUGGGGCUGGUCUGUGCCCGGCACCUUCGGGUGUUUGAGUACGAGCCGACCAUCUUCUACCCGACACGCUCCCUGGACCUGCUGCACCGGGACCUGACCACUCAGUGCGAGAAAAUGGAUAUCCCCUUCCUCUCCUACUUGCCCACAGAGGUGCAGCUCAUUAACGAUGCCUAUGGGUUGGUGGUGGAUGCCGUGCUCGGUCCUGGUGUGGAGCCCGGCGAGGUCGGGGGCCCCUGCACGCGUGCACUGGCCACACUAAAGCUGCUCUCCAUCCCCCUCGUGAGCCUGGACAUUCCCUCAGGCUGGGACGCGGAGACCGGCGGCGACGCUGAAGACGGGCUGCGGCCAGACGUGCUGGUGUCGCUCGCAGCACCCAAGCGCUGCGCCGGUCGCUUCUCGGGGCGCCACCACUUCGUGGCCGGCAGGUUCGUGCCCGACGACGUGCGCCGCAAGUUUGCUCUGCGUCUGCCGGGAUACACCGGCACCGACUGCGUCGCGGCUCUGUGACCGCCACCGCGCCCACGCCUCUUGGGCCUGCACCAAUAAACAGAUC